AUGUAUGUUUUUUGUCUUCCAGACAUUGACGAGUGCAAAAUAAACGUUUGCCAUCAUAGUGCCUCUUGCACUAAUACUCAGGGUUCGUACAACUGCACUUGCAAUCCUGGGUACAUUGGAGAUGGGUUGAACUGUGAAGGUAGGUUUGGUCUCUUUCACGCCUUUCAACUUGUUAGGGCAAGUAUUCAAUAGGCUCGGUCUGAAUCGUUGCUGAUCAUGUGGCGAUUACAAACCAUUUUGUCGCUUUGUCGUGUCCAUUUCAUCCAAAUUCAGGUUACUUGACCUCCUUUCAUGUGUAUUUCAUUUCAGCGAUAUUAAAUACUCUGGCGAAACGUUUUCGUACAUCAUUUGCAACAUGUUGAGGUCGGCCGAUUUGCCCUACAACAUGUUAUACUAGGACUUUUUUCUAGUUUAAUAUUUAUUUACUUUAGAAUGAGGUCUUUAGUCUUGAACUAGCACCCGUUGUUAAAAUGGCAACAAGAAUGAACUAUCUUUUUUUUCAAAAAUAAAAAUCCUGUGCAUAUAUAUCAUGUAAGUGUUCGGCUGCACACAAAAUUUGAACAGGGUUGAAAUUUUUUUCAUUUUUCCAGGUUAUUUGAUUCCUAUGGAGACAUGUUAUCCAAAGUAUCAUGUGAUUUCUCAAAUCACCUUUCUUACCCAUGUCGACUGAAAAUAUCUUUCAAAAGCACAAGCUUAUCUCUUGUAAAAUGCAAGUCCUGCAGCUUGUUGGUAAAUUGCCAGAAUUGUAGAACGGUAAAAAAAAUAUAUAAUCAUUGGUUCUAAUGACUAUGGUUCUGUCACAAUUGUAAUUUCACUUUGUAGCCGAUCCUUGCCAUCAUUACAAGAACCUAAGUGAGGCCAACCGAAAGAUCAGUGCCAUAACAAAUCACUCGCCUACUGAUUUGUGUGACAAGGAGCUCCCUGACGGAUGGUAUCGCUUUGUGGGAGCUGCAGGAACAAAAAUGCCGACUGAGAAGGAAACGAAUUACGGCUGUGGUGCAACUUAUUCAGGCCGGUUGAAAGAUGCUCAUCCUAGAGUGGGCAAUGUUGUGGUUCCCAUGACAGUUUGCUUUGAUCGUUUUCCUGACAAAUGCGAGAAGAGCAAAUCGAUUUCAGUAAAAUACUGUGGAUCGUACUAUAUCUACAAACUUUCUAAAACAUCAUCAUGUCCUUACCGCUACUGUGGCAUAAACUGA